UACAAAUCCCGUUUAUAAAUCUCGCGACGUUUGGCAAUGGUUUCCCAGUUCUCCGCCAUCUUUGUGUGGCUCUUUGCAGUAGAAGGGCACGAAGAGAAGGUGGCCAGGAAAGACUUGGCAGUUAUUCGUUUAACCAUGCUGUCUAGGCUCGUUUUCGUUUCAGCUAAUGCUGUAAAAAGCAGUGGCCCCCUCGGCGCUGGGCUGGUCCAGCUGUCCCACCUUCACACGUCCCCCAACAGCCAAGCUCCAGUCCCCGCUCUGCCAGAGAAGGGAGGCAAGACACGCCAUGGCAUCAUCCCUGAGGAGCUUUUCCAGCUUCUGUACCCCAAGACUGGAGUCACAGGCCCCUACAUGCUGGGUGCUGGGCUGCUCACAUACAUUCUCUCCAAGGAGAUCUACAUCAUCAACCAUGAGACCUUCGCUGCUGCCUGCAUGGGUACCGUCAUCAUCUAUGGUGUCAGGAAGUUCGGCCCCGACGUUGCGGCUUUCGCUGACAAACUGAACGAGGAGAAAGUGCAGAAGGCUCAGGAAGUGAAGGACCUGGCCAUGACCAGCUUGGCUCAGGCCAUCCAGGAUGAGAAGAAGGAGCAGUGGAGGGCAGAGGGACGACAGAUGCUCUUUGACGCUAAGCGGAACAAUGUGGCCAUGCUACUGGAGACCAAUCGCAGGGAGAGGGUCCACAUGGUGACCAACGAGGUGAAGAAGAGGCUGGACUACCAGAUCGCCCUGCAGACCCUUCACCGCCGCAUGGAACAGGAACACAUGGUUAACUGGGUGGAGAAGAAUGUUGUCACCAGCAUCACUCCCCAGCAGGAGAAGACGAGUAUUGCAAAGUGCAUCACAGACCUGAAGGUGUUGGCUAAAGUCCAGCAGGCUAAGGCCACUGCUUAAUUCACCGCUGUACUGUCUAGACCUUCUCUCCUGAACUGUUUGAUGCUCACUUUUCAUUACAAAUAAACUAUUUCCUCUUUAACCAUAUAUGGUCUGUCCAUAUGUGUGUGUGUGUAUACUGUACAUGUCAACUGAUCAUAAAAUAAAAGUUUCAUUUUAUUCA